AAUGAAGCAGGCAUUCCUUCACUAACUUACUUGAAGUCUCGCGCACACCCACAUCAGGUGCACACACACACACACACGCUUGUCACUCGCAGUAUUAGUCAUUGAGGUUAGUAAUGUGGCACUGCACAAUAUCAGCCUGUCGCAUUCCCUGAAUCUGCAGGAGGCCAAAAACUAGAGGCACUUCUGAGAAUCCAGCAGAAACGUGAAGGAAAAAACAGGCCUUCCUGCUGCACCUGCACCCCUGAAUCACCUGGACGGGCAAACAUGACCAGUCCGGUUCGAAUUCAUUCAGAAAGUGCUGUUCUUCAGCCUCCGCACUCCACAGGCUUCACUGAAAGCUCGCUGGCUCUUCUUAAAAGGGAAGAUGGCAUUGUGCAAAGUUCAGAGAUGCUAGAACACAAAGCCUCCGACCGAGGACUUUACCUGUCCUGCUUUGACAUGCUGUUCACUGAGGAUGCUGCGUGGCUGGUGAGGGUUACGGAUGCGCCUGCGGCCGCUGGAGCCAGACUGGAGCCCGAGCAGUGCCCUGUGAUCGACAGCCCUGGGCUGGGAGCCUCACCUCUGUCACCCACCCUGGAGGAACAGGUGGAGGAGAGAUCCUUGGAGCAGGUGCAGAGUCUAGUCGUGGGAGAAGUUCUGAAGGACAUCGAAACAGCUUGUAAACUUCUCAACAUCACACCAGACCCCAUGGAGUGGAAUUGUGGGAACGUUCAGAAGUGGCUGUUGUGGACGGAGCAUCUCUACAGGCUUCCACAGGUGGGAAAAGCUUUCCAAGACCUGGAUGGGAAAGAUUUAUGUUCCAUGAGUGAGGAAGAUUUCCGACAGCGUUCGCCACAAUGCAGCGAAACACUACAUGCACAUCUGGACAUAUGGAAAUCAGCUGCUUGGAUGAAGGAAAGAUGUUCGGGUGGAGAGACCAGGAUGAGGGAGGGUGAAGAGCUGUGGUCAGAAGCAGAUUCAUCUUGUUCUGGUCAGCCGAUUCACCUGUGGCAGUUCCUCAGAGAACUCCUGCUCAAACCUCACAGUUACGGACGCUGCAUUCGCUGGCUCAAUAAAGAGAAAGGGAUCUUCAAAAUUGAGGAUUCAGCUCACGUGGCUCGUCUUUGGGGCUUGAGGAAGAACCGUCCUGCUAUGAACUAUGACAAACUCAGCCGCUCGAUUCGGCAGUACUAUAAAAAGGGCAUCAUCCGCAAGCCAGACGUGUCACAAAGACUAGUCUAUCAGUUCGUCCAUCCGGUAUAAGGAAACUCAACCAGCAGAACUUUAUAAACUGACAAACCUCCUACACACUUCUUGCUUUUUUUGAAGACUAUUUCUGGGUUUUUGCACAACAGUGAAACCAAGAAAAAUGUAGGAGAAAGUUCCCAGAUAUCAAUCAUUUUCUAAGUAUAAAAUAUAAUUGUGCUCAGAAAUGUCCAAAAUAUACUUGCACUCUUUUAAAAAUGUGUGUCUGUUUAACAUUCUUAAAUGUACCAUUAUGGCAAGAAACGACAAGUACAUCAGUAUAGCUAAGUUGCUAAUACAUCAACUAAUACAUUGAAAACUAUCUGUAUAUCAGAGACUCUGUAGUGUGAUGUUUAAAUAUGCACUAAUUUGUAUGCAAGUUGAAGGAUUUAUUGAGGACAUUUCUUUUAUCACUACAAAAGUCAGACAAUUUUCACCAUGUUUAGGGAUAAAAUGUUAAAUAUAUAUCAGGCAAAAGUUCAGAAACAAUUUCAAGGCUGAAUUUGAAAUAUAAUAAUAAUACAAUAAUAAUAGUAAUAUUGUGAGGCAUUAUU